AUGUUUAGAACGAAGAUCAAUUUCGGGUUGAAAAGGUUUCCAUUGAAGCUACGCAGGUUCAAUUCUAAUUCUACCAGUUCUCCGGUGAAAAAUGCUUAUUUGCAGAAGCCGAUUAUCUUUGUCGGAGGUGCGCUCUGUGGUGUCAUUGCAAUGCACUUUCUUGGUGGGCAAAGAGUAGCCUCCAGUAUUCAAGAGGAAUUUAAAGCUGCUGAUGAUGUGACAAUUGCAACUGCCAAACACUUUGCUGAGAAGCGAAAGGAAGAUAGGUCUACUUUACCAUUGAAUGAGUUGAGUCUGCCUCAGUACGCGAGCUUGGAUCAGAUAGAUACUGCCGUAGCCAGGAUAAAGUCAAUUGUUGAGGUUGUAAGCAACGACCAGGCAGAAUUGGACUCGCAUUCAGAUACAUACUUCAAUUCCCAUCACCCUUCCCCCACUGAAAGGCCAAGAUAUAUUGUUUACCCUAAACUGACAGAAGAAGUUUCCCAGGUAUUAAAAAUUUGCCAUGAGUUUAGGAUCCCGGUUAUCCCAAUAUCUGGCGGUUCGUCUUUGGAAGGACAUUUCAUCCCAACUAGGGGUGGGAUCUCACUUGACAUGACUGGAAUGAACCAAAUUGUCAACUUGAAUGAGAAUGAUUUGGAUAUGACUGUCCAAACGGGUGUGGGAUGGGAGACCUUGGCUGAUUACCUUGAACCAUAUCGGUUGAUGUUUGGACCGGACCCUGGCCCAGGAGCUAAUAUUGGAGGAAUGUGUGCUACAAACUGUUCUGGAACCAAUGCUUCCAAAUAUGGAGAAUGUUAUAAAAAUAUAUUAAGCUUAACUGUUGUAUUGGCAGAUGGAACUAUAGUUAAAACUCGUCAGAGACCCAAAAAAUCUUCUGCUGGAUACAAUUUGACAUCUUUAUUUAUCGGUAGUGAAGGAACUCUUGGAGUUAUUACUGAGGCUACUAUCAAGCUUCACGUUAAACCAGCAUUUGAAACUGUCGCAGUUGUGCCCUUCCCUAAAAUUGAGUUGGCUGCAGAGGCUGUCAAUUCUAUUUUGAAACAUGGAAUUGAACUUAACGCAAUGGAAUUGAUGGAUGAUAAGAUGUUGAAGUGUGUAAACGAAAGUGGUGGGACUACUAGAAAGUGGACUGAAUUGCCUACGUUGUUUUUCAAGAUAGGAGGUUCAAAUGAGGCCAUCAUAAACAAUUUGGUUGCUCAAUUGAAAGGUAUUACUGCAAAGUAUGGAAAUAAGGAAUUCUUGUUUGCUACAGAUAGCGAUGAAAAAGAGGAAUUAUGGGCCGCAAGAAAAGUAGCUCUUUGGUCCACGAUUGAUCAAGGAAAACUAAAGAAUGAGAAUAUUCAGCUUUGGACUACAGAUGCAGCUGUGCCAAUUUCCAGAUUACCCCAAUUUCUUAAGGAAACAAAGCAAGAUAUUGACUCUCACGGGUUAGAAAAUACUUUAGUUGCCCAUAUUGGAGACGGGAAUGCUCACAGUUUCAUUUUGUAUGACCCAAGCCAAAGAGCAAUUGCCGAAAAAGUGGUAGAUAACAUGGUAAGGAGAGCCAUUAACUUUCAGGGCACAUGUACUGGGGAGCAUGGAAUUGGGCUAGGCAAACGUGAAUUCUUGUUGGAGGAACUCGGUGAUGUUCCAGUUGACUUAAUGAGGAAAUUAAAGCUUAGCUUGGAUCCUUUAAGAAUUUUAAAUCCAGAUAAGAUCUUCAAAAUCGAUCCUAAUGAACCUGCAGAGUAUCACAAUUAA